AUGCGAUUAACUAUCUUGGCCUCACUGGUGACUCUCGCCAUGGCCGACUUUGCCAGCGACCUGAAACUCGCCCAGCAAUGCAAGUUCAACCUCUCGGCCGAACCCAUGCCCAUCCAUUCCCACAACGACUACACCCGAGCCACGCCGUUGUUCGAGGCUCUGUCCUACGGCUGUCUGUCAGUAGAGGCCGACGUGUGGUGGGUAAACGACGAGCUCGAGGUCGGCCACGUGCCCACAGACCUGGUCCAGGGCAAGACCCUCGCCUCGCUCUACAUUGAGCCUCUGGUCGAUCUGCUGAAGUGCCAGAACAAGAACCCCGGAGGCGAUGGUCUCAACGGAAUUUACUCCCAGAACGCUACCCAGCCCCUGCAGCUGCUCAUUGACGUCAAGACUGACGGGCUGACCACCUGGCCCCAUGUUGUCGAGGCCCUGGAGCCUCUUCGAGAACGGGGAUGGCUCACUUUCCUGGCCAAUGGCACCAUCCACGAGCGAGCCAUCACCGUGGUCGGAACCGGAAACACUCCUCUCUCGCUCAUCGAAGACACCGACACCCGAGACUACUUCUUUGACGGCCCUCUCAACAAUGUCUCCAAUCUGACCGCCUCUGUUGCCCCUCUGGCAUCCACAAACUUCUUUGAGGACAUUGGAAUUGUGUGGCAGCCCUGGUCGCCUUUCCUGGUCGCCAACCAGAUCAAGAAGGUGCAGAGACAGGUCGAUGCUGCUCACGCUCUCGGAAUCAAGGCCCGAUACUGGAACACUCCCGGAUGGCCCUCUGGACUGAGAGAUGGAGUCAUGUCCACUCUGUGGGAGCAGGGCAAUGUCGACUACCUCAACGCCGACGACCUGGCUGCUGCUGUCGCCGUUAUCAAGGGCGAGUCUCCCAAGUUCAUCUUUUAUGGACCAGGAACAUUUCUCACUGAUAGCCAGUCAGACUAA